GACAAUUAGCUCGUCCAAUUGCGUUAAUCUGCCGACAGAAGUUGACUGUAUCUCCUACCUUCUCAGACAGUUAGUCCGUCGGUUGCUGAAGCGCCAGAGCGGUAAUAACUUUUGUCUGACGUCGUUAAGAACUUUUACAUUUCGACCACAAUGAGGGAAAUCGUUCACCUUCAGGCAGGCCAGUGUGGCAACCAAAUUGGUGCAAAGUUCUGGGAGGUGAUAAGUGACGAGCAUGGCAUCGACCCGUCCGGGACGUACCACGGGGACAGCGACCUGCAGCUGGAACGAAUCAACGUGUACUACAACGAGGCAACAGGUGGAAAGUAUGUCCCUCGUGCAGUGCUGGUGGACCUGGAGCCAGGGACAAUGGACUCUGUGAGGUCUGGUCCCUUUGGACAAGUGUUUAGACCAGACAACUUUGUCUUUGGCCAGAGCGGGGCAGGUAAUAACUGGGCCAAAGGCCACUACACUGAGGGAGCCGAGCUGGUGGAUUCGGUCCUGGAUGUGGUGAGGAAAGAGGCGGAGAGCUGUGACUGCCUGCAGGGCUUCCAGCUCACGCACUCCCUGGGAGGAGGCACCGGCUCUGGCAUGGGCACGCUGCUCAUCAGCAAAAUCCGAGAGGAGUAUCCAGACCGGAUCAUGAACACUUUCAGCGUGGUGCCUUCACCCAAGGUGUCGGACACAGUGGUGGAGCCGUACAAUGCCACCCUCUCCGUCCACCAGCUGGUUGAGAACACAGAUGAGACCUACUGCAUUGAUAAUGAGGCCCUGUACGACAUCUGCUUCCGCACGCUGAAGCUUACCACGCCCACCUAUGGUGACCUCAACCACCUUGUCUCAGCCACCAUGAGUGGGGUGACCACCUGCCUCCGCUUCCCUGGUCAGCUCAAUGCUGAUUUGAGGAAACUGGCUGUCAACAUGGUGCCCUUCCCCAGGCUGCACUUCUUCAUGCCAGGCUUUGCCCCUCUGACCAGUCGCGGCAGCCAGCAGUACAGGGCAUUGACAGUUCCUGAACUCACCCAGCAGAUGUUCGAUGCCAAGAACAUGAUGGCCGCUUGCGACCCACGCCACGGGCGCUAUCUCACAGUUGCCGCCAUCUUCAGAGGGCGCAUGUCCAUGAAGGAGGUGGAUGAGCAGAUGCUGAACGUGCAGAACAAGAACAGCAGCUAUUUUGUGGAGUGGAUCCCCAACAAUGUCAAGACCGCUGUCUGCGAUAUCCCUCCCCGCGGUCUCAAGAUGGCUGCCACCUUUAUUGGCAACAGCACAGCCAUUCAGGAGCUGUUCAAGCGCAUCUCAGAGCAGUUCACAGCCAUGUUUCGCCGCAAGGCCUUCCUCCACUGGUACACUGGUGAGGGCAUGGAUGAGAUGGAGUUCACAGAGGCUGAGAGCAACAUGAAUGACCUGGUGUCUGAGUACCAACAGUACCAGGAGGCCACUGCUGAGGAAGAGGGCGAGUUUGAGGAGGAGGGUGAAGAGGACAUGGCCUAAACACCAACCAUUACCUCCUCCUUACUAUGCAACAGUUAGGGCUGGUUGAUAGGGUUUAAAUCAUGGUUGCUUUUUAAUAAUUGGCCUUAAAUCAAUAAUUAGGAAGUUUACAAGGAUAAAAUUGAAUUCUCGUCCAGCCUGAGCAGGAGUACAAAUCAUUUUCUAGCGUAGGUUUUCAAAUGUUGUCUAUUUGUCUGUUUUCACUCUUUUCUUUUUUGCUAUCAGCAGAUCUCUUCUUCCUCCAUGCUCUGGAUAUGAAUGUUUUUAAGCUUCCCUCUUCUAUCGCUCUGUUUUGAAGGCAUCACUUAUAUGUUACUACCCUAAGUGGCAAAUGUGCUGUUACAAUUUAAGAGGCUUUUGGCAAUCGACUGCACCUCCUGGUGUACAUAUCUGUCAGGUUUCAGCUCUCUCCAUUCAUAGCAGGCAUCAUUUAAGUGAUCACACUGUUUUUAUGCUGCAGGUUUGAAAUAUAUAUUUCUGAAAGAGAAUGUAACACUGACCAGUUCAAGGCAUUCUUUGCUGAAUUAAACACUGUUAUAUAAUGUAAAUCUUUAGCUGAAUGACAACAUUUUAUUUAUCAAAAAUGCACUGAACACAAUGCAUGGUGUCAGGAGCUGGUCACUGCUACAUCAUUAUUGGCGUGCUUGUUCUCUGAUGUUCUUCACAUCAAAAGUGUAGAUGAGUUUUAAUAAAAAUGUUUUGAAUUGGUGCUACA